CACCAUUCGAGGUCUCAGCUUCAGUUCAGGAUUGAUGGAAGUCAGGUAGCAGGAGCUGGAAGAAAGCAUACUCAUUGUUUCAAAUCAUUAGGAAAAGGGUGGCUUUUACCAGAAUGCGUCUAAAAUCUGAAGGUCACUAGGUGAUCAGGCAGUUUAAAUUUGUUCGAUGAGCUUGAUUAAGACUUGUACGCAGUGCAAGCUUGUCGUGUAUCCCCUAGAGCAGCUUAAGUGUCUCGAUCAGAUUUGGCAUCGGAAAUGCUUCCGUUGCCAAACGUGUGGGAUGACUCUCACCAUGGGAAACUACCGAGGAUACGACAAGAAACCGUAUUGCUCCGCACAUUAUCCUCAACCCAAGCGGUUCACCGUUGUACCUGAUACUCCCGAACUACAGCGGGUUGCGCAAAAUACUCGUGUUCUUAGCACCGUGUCUAACAGCCGGCGUCUCUACCAGUCUUCAGUACUGAAUCAACGAAAUUCACCUCCUUUAUCCGAUGGACACUUUAAGACGCAUUCCGCGACGUUCAGCAAUGGUCAUGGCAGCAGCACCAAACAUGUCGAUCGCUGGUCCAGCUCCGAUUUCUCCCCGAUCAGAGAACAACUAGAUGGAACGGGUCAUUCACACUCCUCUUGCAAUUCACGUGACAACACUGAUCGCAUUGUGCAUCGCACCGACGUGCGCUAUUCACUAGUUGACGAAAGUCCAACUGGAUCGUCAUUGACCCCCUCCGAAUCGAUAGCUUCAUCCAAGUCACAACUCGGAUCCUAUCCUUCCGGACAAAAUUACCGCUUUUCAUCUGAAUCUGGAGUGGUCACAACCGCUACAUGCCCAACGAUGAAGGCCGAUCCUGUUAUGCAGACAUAUCGUGCAAUGUAUGAUUAUGAGGCCAGGGAAGAUGACGAAGUCACGUUCAUUGAAGGGGAUAUCAUCCUUGAUGGAGAUCCUAUCACUGACGGAUGGAUGUAUGGAACAGUGCAACGAACAGGACAGUUCGGAAUGCUACCGUCCAAUUAUGUGGAACCGAUCUAACUUGCCUAGGUUCACUUUAGUCGCCGCUCCACCUUUGGUGUGUAAGCAAGCAUACUGGCGGCAGUUUGCUCAGGUUUUCCGCGGGAGGUUCAACGAAUGGAUUGUCUAUUCUGCUCCGCACUUGCUUUCAUUUUCUAUCCUGUCAUCACCUAGCUUUUUUACCCCGUGGCGUUUUUUAACUACCAAUAUUCUCAACACAGUCAUAUCACGAAAGCGUAUUUAGAUGGUGCGUGUCUGUUUUUCGACUGCUGACAAAUACAUUCAAUGCGACGAUUUAUCUAUCAACCAAGAUCAA